ACGAGACCCUCGAAGACAUCGACAAAAACGGCGACGGAAUGGUUUCGGUCGACGAAUACAUCAGCGAUAUGUACGCUCCGGACGCCACCGGAGAUCAAGUGCCCGAUUGGGUCAUCAGAGAGAAGGACCAGUUCCGAGAGAUCCGCGAUAAGAACAAAGACGGCGUUAUGGACAGAGACGAGAUCCGCGAGUGGAUUAUUCCUCCGGAUUACGACCACUCGGAAGCCGAGGCCAAACACCUGAUUCGCGAGGCGGACACCAAUCAGGACUCGAAGUUAACGAAAGCGGAAAUACUGGACAGUUAUGACGUGUUUGUCGGCAGUCAGGCCACGGAUUUCGGGGACGCGCUUCUGCGACACGAAGAGUUCUGAGCGAUCGGACGGCGCCUUCUCGUCAUUCAGUACUUGUUUUUAUAGGUUUUUCAAGAAAUCCAAACUUCGGUCACAUAACUGUUUGGAAACGAAUUCCUGUUUUCUAUUUAUUUACACAAAGUUUUGCUAUAAUUAGUGAUAAUUUAUAUAACAAAGGCUUCUAUUUUCAACGAAUCAAUGCAACAAAUCUGUGGCAAUAAAUCCUUUUCGUCGAGAUCUGACUUUUAGACCAAAUUUCGGAACAAAUCUUAAAUUUCUAGUCAAAGACUUUUUAUCCAAAUUCUUGCUACCGUUAACUCUGUAUU